CUGACCACUUUGUGGUGUAGGGUAUAAAAAUUGAAGAUCUAUGCAUGUAAAGAUCAGAGCUUGUGUUAAAGGAAAACCAUAUGUCGCCGUCUGUUUGGAUUACCUGCGUAAAAUAUAUACCACCACGACUAUGUAAUUUAUUAAACUCCCCGCUUCAAUGUAGAAAAAUAGCACAAAUUCUAUUAAUUUCAAAAUGUACACUACGGAGCUCCUGGAGAAUAGAUAUCCUUGUCGUACCGACUUUAUUAGAAUUUUGUAUUGUAUGGUAUCGAAAUCUGAAGAAAAUUUUCCUUCGGCGAUCUACAUCAGUGGGCAUACGGGAACUGGGAAAACAGCGAUAGUGAAAGAUUUUCUUAAUAUACAUGCAGAAUGUGAAAACAACAGGACAGUACUUGUUAACUGCGUAGAAUGCUACACAACGAAGAUUUUAUAUGAGCAUAUAUUAGAAGAACUAGUUUUAGGCGGAACGCGUUGUGACAACUUUAAAGAAUUUGUCGAAAUAUUAAGACAAGCGAAAAACGUAGAACAAAGUGGUUUCGUUGUCGCUUUAGACAAUGCCGACCGCUUGAGAGACAUGGACAACAAUAUUCUGCCAUCGCUAUUAAGACUGCAGGAAUUUACAGGCCUUAAUAUUUGUGUGUUAUUAAUAUCACAAAUUCCAUUGGAAAAAUAUUAUUGCAAGACCGGCGUUUCCGAAGUCAUAUCUUUGUACACACCGCAGUACACGAAAGUGGAAACCUUAAAAAUUCUGAGCGGUAGUUUUGAGAAUACUGUCCAUAUGCUAAAAUGUCGAAUAAAUGAUAACUGCGAUGCAAAAGUCCAACGAAAUCAAUUGGUUAUAGUUGAACAAAUUACACAGGAGUUUUACAAUAACUACCUCAAUAUCUUUCUAAGUGUUUUCUACAAAGCUUGCCGUGAUGUACCGGAAUUAAAAAUUACAGCUAGCAAGUGUUUUUUCACUUACAUGGAACCCGUUCUCAACGGUAAUGUAGAAUUAAGCGACGUAGCAAGGUUAUGGCGAAAUAUUGCAGUUCCUUUGCGAUCAUCCUUAUCUCAAGUUUAUAUGCGAUUUGAUAAAGUGGAAAGUGAGAUGCUUUCAAACCAUAACCUGGAGGGAAAUCUUGCGGAUAAUAGUCUUCGUAAAUUAGCACGAGCUUUUGAACUCCCUUUUUACGGCAAAUAUUUACUCAUAGCUGCCUUUUUAGCCAGUCAUAAUUCUGCCAAUCAGGACAAAAGGCUUUUUGUAAAACACCAUGGAAAGCAACGCAAACGAUUACAAAGCGUCAAUGCCAAAGCAAAGGUGGCGGAGAAAAUGUCUUCAUCGUUGGGACCUAAAUCAUUUAGCCUUGAUCGUCUAUUAGCUAUUUUUUAUGCAAUUCUGGAUGAGAAAGUUGGCCUCACAUGUAAUCUUCUUUCCCAGAUAUCAACGUUAGUACAUUUAAAGCUUUUGGGCUUUGUAAGCGGUGAGAAUAAUGUAAUGGAUGGAUCUGCGCGUCUCCAAUGCACAGUAGGUCUAGAAUUUAUUUUAUAUAUAGGAAAAGUUGUGGGUUUUAAUGUAUAUCAAUAUUUGUGUGAUUUCGCAUGAUAUUUUUUAUAAUAAAUAUAAUUCAGACAAUUA